UAUUUUAUUUGCGCGAUAUCGGUCCUUUUCCUGGAGCAAGUCUUACUGCCCGUGUGCCUGGAACUUAUAGUUGUUACUCACUGUCUGGACUUCCAGAUUGCGACAUCGUGCAUUCGCUUCACUGAUAUCCAUAAUUUGCUAGCACAUUUUUCUCAACCUCGUCCCCAGGGCUUACUUAUUUCCUACCUCGUUUCCUAUAGUAAGGUAGUGAUGGGCGCGUACUGCUCGACACCCCGGGGACGUGGUCAUAUUCUAAAAAUUACUCGAUGACAGGCGGGAAAGUACCUAUAGCUAAGAAGUCGAUGACGUGUUACAGUCAGUCAUCGUGAUUGGACCACGGAAUCGGCUUGCUUUGCGACGGUGCGUGUACACGUCGACUUAAACUCAUUCCUUUGUUGGACUCGCAACAACCAACAACAACCUCCGAAUGGGCCAGCAAGAUCAUCACAAGUCAUAAAAACACAACAUGAGUUUUACGGGGAGCAAGAGCCAGGCCGAAGCGGCAAAUUCUUUCCGCAGCCUAUUGUCCAACAUCUUGCCGGACCUUCUGCGUGAAGUCGAUGGCUCGUCAAAGGUGGAGAAAGUCAAGGCGGCGUUGAGAGACGUGUCGCAGAAUUACCGAACGGGUCUGUCAACGGCCUCCCUCCGGUACCGCACGGACUGGAAGGAAGCAGCUAACCGCUGUGCCUACGUGUUCGUGUAUCUGAUACAGCACUGCAACCUCGUCUUCUACUCUCUGAUGCAGGCCUCGGAAAGAGGAACAGUUUCUGAUUACUGGAGCGAUCUGUCCACACUGAAUGUCUGUAGUGUUGGAGGGGGGCCUGGGUCUGACCUGGUCGGCUUGACCACUUUUCUGGAGCAAAGCCAUGUCUAUCCCCGGAUGCUUAACUGUCUCGUCUUGGAUCUUUACCCCACCUGGAAACGGGCUUGGGACGCCAUUGCCUAUUACCUUCCACGUCAACACUGGGUCAGUUACAAAAGAUGCGACCUUGUCGGAGACGCAGGCCUGAGUGCUGAUGUUCUGCAGUUCGUCCGUGACGCCGAUCUCGUCACCCUGGUGAAAUCCUUCUCGGCGGCAGCUGCCUUCCUCCGCGCUGACAGGAGUCGAGGGAGCGCACUGCGGGCCAUUCUUCGUGAGAUCAAGCCUGGCUGUCACGUGCUGUACAUUGACAAUGACCACGACGGUGACAGUCAGUUUCGUAAUGACUUCGCCGACCCUGCCGGACUCGACCUGAUGUUUGAGGAGCGUGAUUUUCAAUCUGUGCCUUCUGGUUCUUACUCGGAAAUCGUGAACAAGUACUGCUCCGCUCUGGACUUUAACCCAAUGAAAGGAUGCGACGUAAACAUCCAGCUGUACCGUAAGAAAUUCCCGGUAAAGAAAUAUGUCAGCAGUGGUUACACGUACCACACACCCCAAAAUGAGAUAGAGGCCUGCUGCUGCGGUAUAUUUGGGGGGUUACUCUGUAUUGCUGUUUGCGGACUUAUUGGUUACGGUGUCUACCGGCUAAUUAGGUAUAUAUUUUAAAUAUAAUUCUCAUAGGCCUAAUUAAAACAUAUCUAUAAGGAGUAAAAUACCCGCCCUUUAAAUUUCAUGCACCGUUGUGGGAAAAACAUUUUGCUAUGAGAAUUAUAAUACAUGUAUGAGGGAAUUGGAAAGAUUGUGAAGUUUUAAAAUAAAUUUUUAGUAGUUAUCAUGUUUUAACAUGCAAUAAAAUGAAAAAAAGUUUUUCCUUUUUAUACAAUUUUCAUCCAUUAUUGCUAUUGAAUGUAUUUGUAGAUUCUUUAACUUCAAGAGUGUAAAUAUAUAAAAGUAUUUGUGUUGUGAAACCGAUUUUAAUCAAUUUUGAUUUUACAGUAAAAAUGUAGAACGACCUGUGAUAAUGUGAUCGUCCUUUUUAACAGUGAAACAGUGUAACAAUGUAAUCAGUGAGUGCAGUUUUCGAAUAUUGACCAAUCCGGGCACGCAAUCAAUUCAGUCACGUAGGCCCCCUUCAAUGGCGAAAGCAUUGUGUUAGCUAUUGUUCAGAUAAUCUGUCAUUGGACACUGUUAAUUGCAUUGAAAUGGGGCCUCAUGCGUGAACAGUGAUAUCGUGCCCGGAUUCGACUGUGUAAAGUCUUUCUAAUAACAUUAAAGUGUACACAAACUGUAUUGUAACUGCAUAUUCAUGAUGCACUUGUUUGUCAAUACAAAAAGUCAUGUACGUAAAUACAU